AUGGCUGGUAUGAAAGAUAUAAAUGUUGCCUAUGUCAAUGCCACUGGACAGACUGAUUUUGAAGUUGUUGUGUUCACAAAGAACUUCAAUAUCAACACUCCAAACGUGUACUAUGCUGCCUGGAAGAUCCUUAGGGGACAGGCAGAAAUUGAGUUUGUCUAUCCUGCCUCCAUGAAGGUCAGUGCUACUUACACUAGCUCUGGACAGAUUGUGAAAGCUGGACCAUUCCCUUCAAAACUAGGAUCAACUUGGGAGAUCACUCAAGACAGCAUCUCUUCCACAGCAACCCUCAAAGAAGUGAAGGCUCCCACUAAUCCAAAUGGGUCCAUUGUCAUCAGGAACAUUCCACCAGCUACAUGGAGUGGAAACAUGUUUGACCUUGGUGUCUAUAAGAAUGGCAGUCUCCUAGUCAUUGAAAAAGACGUCCUUGUUGGCAAUCAAGUUGGCUUUUUGCUCAAACCUAAGCUGUACUUUGGAGUAGUCCGUAACUUGGUUGAGGGUGACAUCUUCACUUCUUUGGAGAUCACCAGCUUCUUGACUGAGUUUGAUCUGACUAACUAUCCUAAUGGUUUAAAGGUUACACUCAAUUUCCCUGUUGGUGGGGAGUAUGUGUUCUCGGGAGAGGCCAUGAGCUAAACAAACAAUUUUGGACUUGUUAUGUAUAUAAUGAUAUAAUGCUUUGCAAUUGUUUCUAUAGCUAUUGUAGUUAUUAGUUUUUCAGAAUUAUUAGUUUAGAUGAAGUCG